AGGAUCCCACCAAGAAGGGGGAGGAAGUUCCGUCCCCCGGCGAUGGCGACAACACGUCGACGCGGCCCAGUUUCUUCGUGCCCUCCGCCACCUUCCCCGGCCGGCAGAAGGAGGGCCCUGGCAUGUCCCAACGGCUGCGGCCCCCUCGGCCCAUGAGUGGCUGGGACUUGGCUAUGUCCAACUUUAAGGCUGAGUGGAGGAUGUUGCUGCGCGCCGCCAAGUUCCGCGGCUCGGCGCUGCGGCGCAUGCCGCGCUACGUGGAUUCCUUGAGGCUCAGCAACCAGGCCGUGAAGGAUCGGGAAGAAGCGCGACCUCAGGUGCCCACCCCGCCACCGGUCCGCUUGGCCUAUGAUGUCCUUUGCUGGUUCAUUGACGUUGUUUUCGAAGAUCGGCCCAUCCAAAGGUUUUGGUUCCUUGAGACCGUGGCUCGGAUGCCUUACUUCGCAUACAGCUCGGUUCUUCACCUCUAUGAGACCUUCGGCUGGUGGCGUUCGCCCGAACUGCGCGCGGCAGAAGAGGACAACGAGUUGCAUCACCUGUUGAUCAUGGAAUCCUUAGGUGGAGAUCAGAGGUGGUUGGACAGGUUCUUAGGACAACAUGGAGCAGUGGCCUACUACUGGAUCCUAGUGCUGUUUUUUUUUGUGGACCCAAAGUGGUCCUACAACUUUAGCAGACUCAUCGAGGCCCAUGCUGUGGACACCUAUGGUGAGUUUGUGGACGCCAACAAAGAGCGUCUCAGGACAAUUCCUCCGCCGCCCAUCGCAGUGGAGUAUUACCUCAAUGAUGAGCACUAUCUCUUUGACAAGAUGCACACGGGUUUGCCUGACGGCGUUAAGCGUCGUCCCCCAUGUGCCACGCUCUAUGACGUCUUUUCCAAUAUUCGAGAUGACGAGGAACAGCAUGUCUUGACCAUGACGGCCUGCGAGGAGUGGAGUAAAGGUGGGCGACCCCCUGUGGAUUUGGGUUUCAACUUCAACAGCAAACUCACAAAGGAGGAGUAUGUGCGCAAGGUAACUCAAAGCUCCCACGGACGCGCCGCCUGGAUCGCAUGGGGAGACGAGGUGGCCCGAAUUGCUGAACAGGAUCGGGCCGAGUGGGAUGCAAGGCAGUGAGGAUGACAUUGGCCCGGCCGUUGAUGCUUCAACCGGUUAUAUAGGUAUUGGGCGGUUGCGGCGGC